ACCUUUUCGACAGUGCUGCAUACAAAUAAGCUAACAAGCGGGUUGACGUGAACAUUCCGAAGAACGAUCUCCCGAGUUUCACGAACCAGAGCUGAGUCUCCGAGUGAUUGAAGAAACCAUGGAGUCCUCGACCAUUCACUCUCUCUGCGAGGAGAUACCUGAGGAAUCUGAGGGUUCCUCAUCGGCGUUCUCUCCUUCCUCAGUCCCUCCCCGCCCUGAAUCUCAGACUUCACUCCAAAAAUAUUCGCCUUUGGAUUGGUCAGGUUAUUUUGAUAAAGAAGGAGACAUUUCCAUUGAAGGAUCAAAUAAUGUCUUUCAUAUUUUUGAGGCUGGAUCGGAAGGGCCAGUUGUUUUCUGCCUUCAUGGAGGUGGUUACUCAGGGCUCUCCUUUGCAUUGUCAGCUAGUAAAAUUAAGGAAAAGGCUCGGGUGGUGGCAAUGGACUUGAGAGGACAUGGAAAAUCAUCCACUGACAAUGAUCUAGACUUGUCUAUUGAAACUCUGUGUAACGAUGUUGUGGCUGUAUUGAAAACCAUCUAUGGAAAUUCUCCACCUGCCAUUAUUCUUGUUGGCCACAGCAUGGGAGGUUCUGUAGCUGUCCAUGUCGCAGCGAGGAAAGUGAUACCUAAUGUGCAUGGCCUUGUGGUUGUUGAUGUAGUUGAGGGGACUGCCAUGGCGUCAUUGAUUCAUAUGCAGAAAAUUCUGUCAAACAGAAUGCAGUUCUUUCAAACAAUGGAAAAAGCAAUAGAAUGGAGUGUCAGAGGCGGGUCAUUAAGAAAUGUAGAAUCAGCUCGUAUAUCAGUUCCAUCAACAUUAAAGUUUGAUGAACUAAAGAAAUGUUACACAUAUCGAACUCCCCUUGAAGAAACUGAAAGUUACUGGAAAGGAUGGUAUGAAGGUCUUUCAGAGCAGUUUUUAUCAUGCCCAGCGCCAAAGCUGUUACUUUUAGCAGGAACAGACAGACUAGACAGGGCCCUAACCAUUGGUCAAAUGCAAGGGAAGUUCCAAAUGCUGGUUGUCCGUCACACCGGACAUGCCAUACAGGAGGAUGUGCCUGGAGAAUUUGCUUCAAUCAUUCUCAAUUUUAUAUCUCGCAAUCGGAUAGGUCCUCGUGGUGUAGAGUUUUGCAGAUUCCAGGCUUGCUUCGGCCGUCUCAAACUUAGAAGAACCAGCUUACAAUUUCUAAUAUGUAUUAGAGACAUCCAAACAAAGGAGGAGUUUCAGAAGUUUGGUAAAUCCAUUUUGCAAGCUUUUUGUUUCUUUGCCAACCAACUGCACUUAUUCUGGCAAGUGCUACGAGCUUGACAGUCUUCAAACUCUUGUUGUCUUGCUGAUAUUGUGAGCUUUUGUUCAUUUGUUCUGGAGUGCUUCCACAUUAGUGAAUAAGGAAUGGAUAAGGAUGUCUGUUAUAUCUAUAUAUUUUUAAUUUGAUGUAAUAAUAUAAAUUAUUUCAUUGAAA